AUGCCACCAGGACCCUGUUAUGACUUCCAAAGCGGCCGUUGCCGUCGAGGCGCCUGUUGUCGAUUUAACCAUGAUACAUCGUCAAGCAUCCCAAAUUCACCAAGCACCACAAUUCAACAGUUUCGCGAGGAUACUGGACUCGAAGCGGCUUGCCGACAAUGGACAUACAUGAUUCCCAGAGCAAACACAACUUCCUCACGUUUUACAGCUACAGCUGUGGACACCAAAAAGUUCUUCCAGACGGGCUGGAAUCUAAUUGAGAGCGAUGAUGCAGGAAUACGCCAGCACGUCAUCACAAAACUCGGUGCAGAGACAGGACUUGCAAUCAUCAAGACUCUGACGGAACUUAUGAAUGUAAGCCAAAAUGAUGAAAUCGUCAUCUCAAUAUUUAGGGAUAGGGCUCUUCCUUUCUACAGAAUCAUUUCACACCCUGAUGUACUAUCCUCUUUAAUUCUAGAAACUGCUGUUGAUACUGUGUACACCUUUCUCUUCGGUCCCAGUGGUAGGCGAGGUCUCCAAGUGUUCCGAUUUACAGCAACUGCCCUUAGCGGAAUGGUUUUGGAGCAUUCUUUAAGCGACGAGAAAGUCUCUAUCGCUGCUAUAACAUCAAGUCUCGCAGUCUUAGACCGGCUGGUCGAGACUAACCAGAGUGCCCAAGUCAUCGAAGGCUUUACUGCUGUUAUAGAGACAAUAUCUGCCUGCAUUCCUAAGAAUCUUAUGGUGCCGAGUGCGCAACAGUGCCUCACUCGAAUAAGACAACGUCUCAACAUCGGCUCUUCUUUGCCCCUCGUAGUAACUCAAUCGACUCCACAAUUUUUCCUGUCUCCAUCUUUCGAGUUGGCUCAAGACUUGCCCGGAAAUCUUUCCAACCAGGGCGCUAGACACGAUAAUGACCAUGCGAGUAUUGGCGAUAUCCAAAUACUCCCCACAGUGCAAGAGAUAGCUUCCGCACGGCAAGAAUAUCUCCCAUUAACCGGCUCGACUCAAAAUCACCUGUCAGGUCUUGCCGGACUCUUGGACAAACAAUUUCGGCUUCUCCGUGAAGAUACAGUGGGCCAACUACGAGACGCAGUGCGCGAAGAGGCUACGAGAUUAGAACAUCCUAACGGUAAGGUAUCAAAAACACACCAAGGUCAGCAAGGCGUUCGAAAAAUUAUCUAUCACAAUGCCCGCUUCUCCCGUAUGAGUGUAGAUCGCAGAAAAGGUCUGCAAGUCGUAGCAGAAUUUGACCAACCUUCCCAACUCAACGGCAAAUCCAUUAAGCAGCGAGAAGAAUGGUGGAAAGGAAGCAAGCUUCUGCAAGUCGAUUCACUAGUUUGCUUCCUCUCUUCAGAUGGCAAAAUCAUUUUCCUCUGCGUCUGCGAUCCAAUAUUGCCGUCUCGUGCAAGGAAGGACUCUGAUUCCAAUGUCAACCCAAGACUUUGUGAUAUUACAAGCCUUUUCAAAGAAAGGAAGCGUGCGUCUGUGCUGCUAAGCAUGGGUGAAUAUAAAGUGGAAGAUGCAGUUUGGAUCAGCACUCAUAUCUCAGCUUCCAAGAAUCGGCAAUCACUCGUUGAAUUUCCGGGAGUGCUUUUACCUUCUUUUCAACCUACUCUACAAGCGUUGCAGGGAAUGAGUCGGAAGCUGAGUCUUCCAUUCACAGAGAUCGUAGCGCCAGACUUGCAAGAUUCUGCUGCCUCCGUAAAGCCUCCAGCAUAUGCUACUAGAAGAGGAUUCAGUUUUUAA